AUGCCCAUGGGUCAUAACUUCUCAACUGUGACCAUCAUGCUCCAGAUGUGUGUCAUGCUGUGUUUGGUGUCAGUUGUCUUCUCCCAAACAUAUCCCUUGCCCAAGAAAGGUCACAACAUCACCAUCCACUCCUCCCAGCUGGUCUGCAGUCUGCCAGGCCCAGCGGGCCCUGCCGGGAACCCCGGAGCCCCUGGAUCACCAGGGGCCAUGGGCCCCAUGGGGCCCCCGGGGAAGGAUGGCCUAGAUGGGAAGGAUGGAGAGAAGGGAGAAAAGGGAGAUGGAGGUGAUCCAGGGAGGACAGGGAACCCAGGCAAGCCAGGUGUGAAAGGGCGUGAAGGUGUCAUCGGCAAGGCUGGACCUCGAGGACUGAAGGGACCACGAGGAGCACCGGGGGUAGCUGGAAAACGAGGGAAAAAAGGAGAGCUGGGUGAUGUGGGCCAGCCAGGAGCUCAAGGAGGGUGUAAUUGUGGCAAUGUGGCCCGAUCAGCCUUCUCUGUGGCGGUGACAAAGAGCUACCCUAAAGAGCGAUUGCCCAUCCGCUUCAGCCGGAUUCUGCUGAAUGAGGGGAAUCAUUACAACGCCAGCAGUGGGAAGUUUGUUUGUGAGGUCCCUGGGGUCUAUUAUUUCACAUAUGAUAUCACUCUGGCAAAUAAGCACCUGGCCAUUGGGCUGGUCCACAAUGGACAGUACAAGAUCAAGACAUUUGAUGCAAACACAGGGAACCAUGAUGUGGCGUCUGGUUCUACUGUUCUCCACCUGCAGCAGUCAGACCAGGUGUGGCUUCAGAUCUUCUACUCGGAGCAGAAUGGACUCUUCUUUGACCCUUUCUGGACAGACAGCACCUUCACUGGCUUUCUUAUCUAUGCUGACCAGGACUAUCUCACUGAGGCUGAUAGAAAAGCUAAUGCUAAAGAUGACAGUUAAUCCUGAUAUAUCUUUAUUUUAUUUUAAUAAUUUGCUUAAUUCUGAUAUCAAAAUGUUAAGAAAAUUUGAAAAGAUUCUUCCAGGUAGUCUUUAGAGACUUUCAGUUGUUUAACUAGUUCUGACACUAGGGGGCACACAAGGACAGAAAAGUCAACCACAUUUCUCCAAUAACAAUUAUUUGCACUCCUCUGGUUUGUUUAAAUUGAUCUUUGACUGAACUGUUUUUUAAAUACACAAAUACAACAUAUACUUGGCAGUGAAAUAAAUAUAUUGCUAUAUUAAUUUAAAAAUCCAAAAUGUAUUCCUGAGCACACAAGAUGGUGUGUAUGUUUGCCAUGUGAUGCCCUAAAUACUGGAUCCUGUCAUUUCUACAUUUUUAACAUACAGUGAUGCAUUUAACAUUUGCCUUGACACAACUUAGAGUGGCUAACAUGUUCUGUAAUCGAUUUAUUUCCUAAUUUGUAUUCUUUCCACAUCA